AUGCCGACGCUCGACCUCGGCUCGCCGUCCCUCGCGGGCACGUUGACCCUCUCCUCGCCUCUGUCCUCGCGGCUUCUGAAGCUCGAGACGCCGCUCGGCGACGUCGCCGCGGCGUCGACGUGCGCGGCGCUCGAGCGGUCGUUGAACUCGGAGGUGAACGCGUUCUGCCGCCGCGGGGCCUCGGACGAGGGCCAGAGGCUCGCGAACGACCCUCCCUCGACGCGCGUCGUCGUCCUCCGCGCGACGGCCGACGUCCUCGUCGUCGUCACGGACCACGCCUUGCAUCAGCUCGUCGGCCUGUUCUGCAGGAUACCGGAGACGGCGCGCGCCGCGGGCGCGCGCUUCGCCGUGGUCGAACCGAGCACGACCGCCGAGAGCGCGGACGUCGUCCGCGCGAUGCUCCCGCGCAUCCUCACGCGCGCGAUGAUCGAAGGCCCCGCGGCGGCGGCGACGCGUUCAUGGAUCGGGUUCGGAAGCGCGCCUCGGAGCGGCGCGCGGCUCCUACACGCGGCGCGCGGCUCGUACUUUCCGACGGCGCCCGACGGCGCCGUGUGCGUGGACGCCCUCCUCCUCUCGCCUCCGGUGUUCAUCGCCUCCGAGCUCCCGAACGCGCGCGUGGUCAUCCCGUCCGUGACCACCGUCACGACGCGAUUAAAGAGGAUGUCCCACCCGGUCGCGGCGAUGCGAUGCGCCGGCGUCGCGAAGGAGGUCAUCGAAGCGACGCUGCGGCGCGGCGAGGACGCACAGCUGUGCGCCGUCGACGACGUCUCGCCGUUGGACGACUACGGCGACGACCGCGCGGACGACGACGACGGCGCCGCCGAGCCGUUGCUUGUGACGCCCGCGCCGAUCCUGCACAAAGAAGCGAGGGUCGUGUCGUUCGUGUUCACACCGCCGGCGGCGUACGGGCACGAAGACGCCGCCGCGUUCGAGCGCGCGUUUUCCGCCCGGCACGGUCUCACCGACGGCGUCCCCCCUAUGAUCGCGACGACCGAAGACGACGACGACGGCGACGACGCGGCCGACCUUUCGAAGAUGCCGCCGUACGCGGAGAUUUCGUUCUGCGACGACCGCGAUCCCCGCGUGCGGCACCUGUGGCCGACGUCGUUGCUGUUGACGCGGACCGGGGCGACGGACGUUCCGGCGGCGAUGACGGCGGAAAAAUCCAUGGAUUUGAUUUCGCGGUUCGCGGAGGACGUGAGGACGAGCGCGUUCAUGGGCGUGCGCGUCACCCUGGACCGCGUCGGCGGCGGGAACGAGGACGAGCUGAAGCAGCAGACGGCGGACACGGCGGACACGGCGGCGGCGGCGACGACGACGAAAGGGAAGAAGAAGAAGGGGGGCGGAGGGAGCAAGAAAUCCGCCGUCGCCGCCGCCGCCGUCGCCGCCGCCGACGCGGUUGCCCAGCCUGGGGUCGCGACGUACGCGAUCACAAACUGCGAUUUGUUCCACACCGCGACGUCCCUACCGGGCGACGCCGGGAAGAAGACGCUGGAGCUCAUCAACGCCGCGGCCGCGGCGCUGAGCGUCCGCGUCGAGGACCCCGCGGAGGACGAGACGCCGAUGAAGCCGCCGCCGCCGCCGCGGAAGCAGACGGGGCCGCCGCGGACCGUCGCGCUCGCGGGGUUCGCGAAGAGAGAGGCCGCGGCGCGGUCGCCGUCGCCGCCGGCGCCGCCGCCGUCGCCGCGCGCGAAUGACGGGACGGCGACGACGAUCACGCCGCCGCCACCGCCGCAGCCCGAGCAAGUCACGAAGCCGAAGCCGCGGGCGCCGGUGAUGGCGACGCACGCGCCGCCGCCGCCCGCCGUCGCGGCGACGACGGCGGCGGGGGGGCGUCCUUCUCCUCCCGCGGUCGUCGUCGCGCCUGAGACGCUGUCGCCAGUAGUCAUCGCCGCGGCUCCCGCGAUGGCGCGCGCGCCCGUCUUCGCGAAGGCUUCAGCGCCGGCGCCGGCGCCGACGCCGACGCCGGCGGAGACGGACGCGGAGGACGACGGCGACAUGACCGCGGAGAUCUAUGCGAUGUUCAUGGCCGAGAACGACGCCGGAAACGAGGACGCCGCGAAAAUUGCCGCGGACGCGGCGGCGAUGCCGCCGCCCGCGCCGAAGCCUCGAGCGCCGGCGGUCAUGAAACCCUUCGGCGGCGCCUCCGCCGCCGCGGCGGCGGCUCCGAGACCCGCGCUUUCGAAAUCCAAACCCGCCGCCGGCGUCGUCGCCGCCGCGGACGGCACCGCCGGCGCGGAGAAACCGAAGAAAGCGCCGAGGAAGCGCAAAGUCAUCGACCCGGAGCUCAACGACGCGGCCGUGCGGAAGCGUUUCAAAGACGAAGGAGCGGACGCCGUGGCGAAGUUCCCGGGCGACGAACUCAUCGCCUUUCUUAAAAAAGCCGGCGCGACGGGAAAUUUCGGGAAGAUGAAAAAGGACGAGCUCGUGGGGAAAGCGAAGGAAGUGCUCGCGUCCGCGGCCGUCGUGGCGUGA